AUGCCGUCCAACAAGGACAACCUCAGCUGUGUGAGUGACGGAGAAGAUGAGGGCAACGGAGCGGACGGUGAUAGCAACCACAGCCUGCCAAAUGGCCAGAGUGUGAUAAUCCGACCUUCAGAGCCAGAGUCAGAGUCAAAUGUAGCGAACCCCAAAACGCGGGGAAAG